UAUCAGAUACUGGGGAAUACUGGACAACAAAAUCCAAGUCGAAACAGAAGUACACUAUGGGCAACAAAUUUGACGGCAAUCUCGAAAGUCUUAUGGAAAACAAUGAAGCCUGGGCUGAAGGACAAGAGCCCGGCUUCUUCUCUGAACUAGCCACGCAACAGAAGCCAAAGAUCGUUUGGUUUGGAUGUUCUGAUUCAAGAGUCCCAGCUGAGACAGUUGUUCAGUUAGGACCCGGCGAGAUAUUCGUACACAGAAAUAUCGCCAAUCUAUUUCUUCACACAGACUUGAAUUCUCUCUCUGUGCUCCAAUAUGCUGUUGAGCACUUGGGUGUUGAAUAUGUUAUAGUAUGCGGUCACUAUGGCUGCGGAGGCGUAACAGCUUCGCUCUCUACCGGCCAACACGGAAUAGUAGACAACUGGCUCCGAACGAUUAAAGAUAUUUACCGCACUUGUAAACAUGAUGUAGAUUCUCACACUUCCAAGAAAGGCCGUAUUAAUCGUUUGGUAGAAUUAAAUGUUAUUCGACAAGUGAAUAACAUAGCCUCCACUCCUAUAGUCCAAGAAGCAUGGGCCAAUGGACGUAAACUUGAAGUACAUGGUUGGGUGUAUGAUUUAGAAAAUGGGAGACUGAAAGAUCUUGAAUGUAACAUUAGGGGACCUGCAGAUAUCUGUGAUGAAAUUUACGUUGUUGAUUGUGAAUGCAAUCACGAUCACGAAACCGAUAUUUUUAAGGGGGCAGAUGAAUCAACAAACUUUAGCCGCACAAAAAAAGGGAAAUUGUGUGACAAAAAUGGAGUUUCCACUGAGAUUAGAUAA